AUGUAUAAACCAAACGUCAUCUGCCGGUUGGUUAAGAAGGCAGACACAGCAGAGAGCAUAUUGUAGGAGUCAGUGUGUAUGAAAUUCAAGAGUAAAUCUAAUCCACAAGCUGAUGCCCUCAGCCCCUGCUCUCCUCAGGUGCUCAUGAUGGUGACAUCACUCAGGCAGGUGACCCAAAAUGAUCUGUCAAACAGAAAGAUGAGUGACUUUGCAAAAGCCUGCCAGGUUUCAGAAAUCUUGGCUCCCAUUUCAGUCAACCUCACUGUGGAGGAAUGGAGCAGAAGAAAGGCCAAAUAUGGAUUUAUCAACACUUGUCUUCAGUCUCUUGUGAUAGAGAAAUUUGGUGAAAAGACAUGGGAAAAACUGAAAGUUUCUGCAGAAGUACAAGAUGACUUCAUGACCUACACAGUGUAUGAUGAUACUAUCACCAUGAAGCUCAUACAAGAGGCUUCCAAGGUGCUGGGUGUGUCCCUGGAAGCCAUUCUGAAGCUCUUUGGAGAAUACUUCUUUAAAUUCUGUAAGAUGUCUGGCUACGACAGGAUGCUUCGGACACUGGGAGGGAAUCUCACGGAGUUUAUUGAAAACCUAGAUGCUCUCCACAGUUACCUCACCCUGUCUUAUCAGGAGAUGAAUGCACCAUCAUUUCGUGUGGAAAAAGGAAAAGAUGGGGAAAUGCUUCUCCAUUACUACUCAGAUAGAAGUGGUCUGUGCCACAUUGUUCCAGGUAUCAUUGAAGCUGUGGCUAAGGACUUCUUUGACAUUGAUGUAACCAUGGAUAUCCUUGACAUGAAUGAAGAAGUGGAGAGGACAGGGAAAAAAGAGCAUGCUGUGUUUCUGGUUGUACAGAAGACUCACAGCUGGAUGAGAAGUACAAAUCCAAUCAGGUUACCAGAUAGCGAGGUCAUCCAGAAAGACCACAAGACCCUCGAGGCAGCUUUCAUUAGGAUGAAGGAGAAGUAUUUGAAGGUCUCUAUUUGUCCUGGGAAGAAAUCUCACUGGGAUGCUGUAAGGAGUAUAGUCAUGGUUGGAAAAGGGCACCUCAGCAAUGCCUUCAAGCCCGUUUAUCCCGAGAGACUCUGGAUGGAAGUGAAGACAUUCUGUUCUGCUUUCCCUUUCCACAUUGUCUUUGACGAAGCACUAAGGGUCAAGCAAGCUGGAGUGAAUAUUCAGAAGUAUAUCCCAGGACUCCAGACCCAGAAGACUCAAUUAGAUGACUAUUUCUCCAUCGUUCACCCUCAAGUUACUUUUAGCAUUUCCAGCAUCUGCAAAUUUAUCAACAGUCAAUUUGUUCUGAAGACACAAAAAGAAAUGAUGCUCAAAGUAUGGAAAAAUCAGCCCACACUCAAACUCCGAGGCCAGAUGAUCUGGAUGGAGUCCCUGCGGUGCAUGAUUUUCAUGUGCUCACCAAAGCUCCGAAGCCUGCAAGAGCUGGAGGAAUGCAAGAUGCAUCUCUCAGACAUUGCCCCCCACGACAUCACCAGGGAUCUCAUCCUCCUCAACCAGCAGAGGCUGGCAGAAAUGGAGCUGUCCAACCAGCUAGAGAGGAAGAAGGAGGAGCUUCGAGUCCUCUCCAAGCACUUGGCUAUUGAAAAGAAGAAGACAGAGACCUUGCUGUAUGCCAUGCUGCCUGAACAUGUGGCCAAUCAGCUGAAGGAGGGCAAAAAGGUGGCGGCAGGAGAAUUUGAAAUCUGCACUAUCCUUUUCAGUGAUGUGGUGACAUUUACUAACAUCUGUGCUGCCUGUGAACCUAUCCAAAUAGUGAAUAUGCUGAAUUCAAUGUACUCUAAGUUUGACAGAUUGACUAAUGUCCAUGAGGUUUACAAAGUGGAAACAAUAGGCGAUGCCUAUAUGGUGGUAGGUGGUGUUCCAGUGCCUAUUGGAAGCCAUGCUCAAAGAGUGGCUAAUUUUGCUUUGGGAAUGAGAAUUUCUACAAAAGAAGUGAUGAAUCCUAUUACUGGAGAACCCAUCCAGAUUAGAGUUGGGAUCCAUACUGGCCCCGUCGUAGCAGGUGUUGUGGGAGACAAGAUGCCCCGGUACUGCUUGUUUGGUGACACUGUGAAUACAGCCUCCAGGAUGGAAAGUCAUGGAGUUCCCAACAAAGUACAUCUCAGUCCCACAGCCUACAGAGCCCUAGAAAAUCAAGGGUUCGAAAUCAUUGAGAGAGGUGAAAUUGAAGUGAAAGGAAAAGGGAAAAUGACCACAUACUUUCUGAUCCAGAAUUUGAAUGCCACAGAGGAUGAGAUCAUGGGAAGACAUAAAAUAACAUUUGAUUACAAGGAAGCAGGUGCUCAGGGAAAGCAAGUCAGGAAACCUAUUGCUGUCCUGAGGUGCAGUGACAGUGGGCAACUGCUCCCCAACAGUACUGUGGCAGAUGUUUCUCAGGAAGCCACACCCACCGAGGGUACAAAAGGGCUCGGCCCCAUGGAGACAGCAGAUCAAGAACCGUCUUCAGAUGAGAUCAAGACACUUCCUUUUCCCAAUGACUCUGUGCCAUCUGCUUUCUGUGUUUUGUUGUAAUAGGGGGAAAUGACCCCCUGUUAUUCAUUUUCUCAUUUAGUUCUACGGUGGCAAAGAAGUAAC